AUGGCGAUCCCCGAAAAGUGCACCGUUCUUGUCGUCGGCGGCGGCCCAGCUGGCUCAUAUGCCGCCGCCGCUUUGGCAAGAGAGGGCAUUGAUACUGUCAUCUUGGAGGCGGAUAAGUUUCCAAGAUACCAUAUUGGCGAGAGUAUGCUGGCAUCUAUGCGCCAUUUUCUCAGAUUCAUCGAUGUAGACUCAGUAUUUGACAGCUAUGGAUUCACAAAAAAGGUUGGCGCAGCUUUCAAGCUAAACCCCAAGAAACGCGAAGGAUAUACAGAUUUUCUUGCCGCAGGCGGCCCCGAAAACUACGCGUGGAACGUAGUUCGGUCAGAGGCAGAUCAGUUGCUGUUUCAGCACGCGGCUAAGAGUGGCGCAAAGGCAUUUGACGGCGUCCAGGUCAAGUCCAUCAACUUCAUCGAUGUCCCUUACAAGGGGCCUGGACAACUGCCUCACGACUAUCCCGGCCGACCUGUUUCGGCAACAUACGUGCAAAAGGACGAUAAUACCCCCCGCGAGAUCAAGUUUGAUUACAUUAUUGACGCCAGUGGUCGCGUUGGCAUUCUCAGCACCAAGCACUUGAAGAACCGAAAAUACAACCAAGGUUUGAAGAACGUGGCUACUUGGGGUUACUGGAAGGGGGCGGGUGCGUACGGAAAGGGAACACCCAGAGAAAACUCUCCGUUUUUCGAAGCCUUGCAAGAUGAAAGCGGCUGGGCGUGGCUCAUCCCUCUGCACAACGGUACCGCAUCGGUCGGAAUCGUCAUGAACCAGAAGAUGUCCGUUGAAAGGAAAACUCAAGCUGGUUCCCCUGACUCAAAGACAUUCUACUUGGACUGUCUUAAGGAAUUGGCGCCUGAUCUUACCAAGCUCAUGGAGAACGGAGAACUUAUUACGGACAUUAAGUCAGCCGCUGACUACUCGUACAGCGCUUCAGGCUAUGCUAUUCCUUAUGCUCGAAUUGCGGGAGAUGCUGGCUGUUUCAUUGACCCGUACUUUUCUUCGGGCGUCCACCUGGCUUUCGUCGGUGGCCUCUCUGCUGCGGCUACCAUUGCGGCGGCAAUUAGAGGGGAUUGCUCCGAAGAGGCUGCGGCUGAUUGGCACUCUAAGAAGAUUGCUGAUGCCUAUAUUCGCUUCUUACUAGUCGUUCUCAGUGCAUACAGACAGAUCAGGAGCCAGGAAGAGCCUGUGCUAAGUGAUAUCAACGAAGACAACUUUGACCGCGCGUUUGCUUUCUUCAGACCUGUGAUUCAGGGAAUUGCUGAUGUGGACACCAAGUUGUCACAAGACGAGCUUAGAAAGACUCUUGAAUUCUGCAGCAAUGCUUUUGAGCCUGUCAAGCCAGAAGAUCGAACAGCCAUGUUGGAGAAGCUGGGUAAAGACCCAGCCACUGCAUACCAAGUCGAUCUCUCUGAUCAGCAGCGAACAGUUGUAGACCAUAUCCGUGCCCGACAGAUGAUGAGAACUGAGGACACUAUUAACAUCAACAGCUUUGGAACUGAUUCGAUCAACGGAUUCGUUCCCAACUUGAAGCGGGGAGAGCUUGGUCUUGUGCCAGCCAAAGUCUAA